AUGGCUGCAUCCAAUGCUUUGGGCGAAAGGCUUCCAAUGUUUGUGAUUGGAAAGUCCGCGAAACCCAGAUGUUUCAAAAACGUGAGAAAUCUACCCUGUCGGUAUCGCUUGCAAAAUAAAUCCUGGAUGGAUGGAGUAUUAUUUGAAGAAUGGGUUAGAGAAUUAGAUCGUAAAUUCGAGUCACAAGGAAGGAAGAUUGUUUUAAUAGUCGACAACUGUCCCACACACCCAAACAUCACAGAGUUAAAGGCUGUAAAUCUACAAUUCCUGCCACCUAACACCACUUCUUGUACCCAACCUAUGGAUCAAGGAGUUAUCAGCCAUUCCAGUGUUGUCAAAGAAAAAAGUUUGUUUGGUAACACUAGAAUGUCUUCCAAUUACUCUCUAUCAAAACAAAACAAAAUCAAAAAUUUUUUUUGGCAUACUAAACAUAAGUAA